GUACCUCCUCUGUCAAUCGUCGCGCUGCGUCUGGGACUCGGGAGACUCGAGUGUCGACGCGACAUGGCGGGAAUGAAACUUCUAUCGAUUCUCUUGAUCAUUGUAGCAUGCAUGGUAAUCGUCGAGGGCGGAAGUAAAUCAGCGCUACAACCGGUAAUUAUCGACACUGACAUCGGCUCUGACAUUGACGACAGUUUCGCCAUUGCGCUCGCUCUCCAGAGCUCAGAGCUCCUGGACGUGCAGCUGAUCGUUACGUGCACCGACGACACGACCGCCCGCGCAAAGAUCGCCGCGAAGCUGCUGACGAUUGCCGGACAGGACAGCGUCCCGAUUGGAAUCGGACAGGCCAACGCCAACGAAACUGUUCACACGCUGUGGGGCUGGGCGCAGGACUUUAACCUGUCCGAGUAUAAGGGAGGAGUGUACGAAGAUGGGGUCGACCAGAUGGCAAAGAUCAUUCUGGCUUCAGAGACAGUGGUGGAUAUCAUUGCCAUUGGGCCAAUGACCAAUUUCCCCCUCCUCCUGCAGAAAUAUCCCGGGGUGGUGAAGAAUGCUCGGAUCAGAGCAAUGGCCGGCUCCAUAUACCGAGGCUAUGACAACUCUACAACACCGGCAAGAGAGUACAACGUCAUGAUGUGCCCCUACUGUAUGGAGCUGUUGCUCCAGGCUGGCUGGAACGUGAGCGUAACUCCACUGGACACAUGUGGCACCACCACACUACCUCCACAGUACUCCGACCUCUUUAUUGCAGCCUCAAAUAGCUGGAGCCUUGCCCUGAGCUCAUCUCUUCUCUACUUCUGCACUGUCCUCCAAUGCAAUCUAAACGAGGCCACCAGCCCUCUGUACGAUACUGUGGCCACCCUACUCACACUCCCUAAUGCCGGGAACUUCAUCGAUUUAAAGAUGCUAAAUCUCAGAGUCACUAGCGAUGGAUAUACAGUGAUAGAUGACAGGGAAGGCACCCCAACCCAGGUCGCUCUCUACUGGAACAAAGACCUUGUUGGCCUAAACCAGUACAGGAUGUUUUUGGUCAGCGCUCUAAGUGCAUAGUGAUGAAUAUUGACAUUUUGCGGUAUACCCAUUUUGCGAAUCCACAAAAAUGCAUUCAUCACGCGUUUCCGUGGCUGAUGAAAGAGUGGUCGGAUGGCCCUGUGAAUUUUGUCCGUUGACGCAAGCCUGUUGCGUUGUCUCAGUCCCAAGCGCUUCUCAGAUUCUGGGGUCUCAUAACAUGACUGUGAGAGCCUUCUCCCUGAUUCUACAGUGUCUCUGUACCGCUACUUUUCUGCUAGCGCCCCAGGCGCGUUCCCUCCGCUCGCCUCCGCUCCCUCUGGCGAAGCGACAGUCGCCGACUCCCGUCAUCAUCGAUACGGACAUCGGCUCCUAUAUUGACGACAGCUAUGCAUUAGCGUUCGCGCUACAGUCGAGCGAGCUGGACAUCCAGCUGAUAGUGACGGCCACGGACGACACACUGAUGCGGGCCAAGAUAGCGGCCAAAUUUCUGACGGUCGCGGGGCGAGAAGCCAUCCCAAUAGGAGUGGGAGCUCCCAACAGCAACCUAACCAACCACACCCUGUGGAGCUGGGCCAAAGACUUCAACCUGUCGGAUUACAAGGGAGAGGUGCUGCAAAACUACGAAGACACUUUUGACAGAAUGAACAGCAUCAUCAACAGUUCUGAUCAGGUCGUCGAAAUCAUCGGUCUCGCUCCCUUUGUAAAUUUCCCCUACCUCCUGGAAAAGUGGCCCAAUGUGGUGCACAAUGCUCGCGUCAGAACCAUGGCUGGCUCAAUCUUCCGUGGCUAUGACAAUUCAACGACCCCAACUGCCGAAUACAACGUCAGACUGUGUCCGUCCUGCUUCAAUCUCCUACUCCGGGCAAACUGGGCGCACAAAGUAUGGCUCGCUCCUUUGGACACUUCGGGUGUAAUGAACUUGCCUCCAGAAGAUAUCCAGGAACUGGUGACUGCCUCAAAUGGGCUGAGUAUCGGUCUGACUGAGCACACUCUCUUCUGGUGCACAGCGGGGGUGAUUCCGUGCCACCUCGACGUUUCCACUGUGGCUCUGCCCGACACAGUUGCAGUCCUCCUAACUCUCCCGGUGGCACCUUCCCUCGUCGAAAUGCAUACCAUGAUCUUGCUCGCAACUGAAGACGGCCGCACAAUAAGUGACACUAUGGGUGCUGCCGCACUAGUGGCCCUCAAUUGGUGGGAAAAUCCCGCGGGUCUCAAUAAAUUCACACAAUAUUUGACCGAUGUCCUUGUCCAGGGUGCCCCAUACACCAAGGACUAAAAGAUAAUGCACUAAAACCAAAUGUGAACUCACAUAAAACAGCCUCUGACUUACAUAGCUAUAUACACAGAGCGAGUAUUAUUGUAUAUACAGUGUUUGUAUAUUAUACUUCUGCAGUACAGUUCUCCAGAUGAAAAAUAUUUUCUGUUUCAGA